AUGGUACACAAUGAUGUUGUUAGGAAGAUGCAUGUGUUCGAGGAGAUUAAUGAUCUGAUGGCUCUCCGACAACUCCUCCGUACACUGAAUCUAAACUAUGUGCGAGGCGAGCAGAUCGGAUGGCUGAAAGAACUUCUUGAGCCGGGCUCGAUUGUAUCGAAAGCUUAUGAAUAUGCCUCGAGGCAAGCUUCAAUUUACCAGGGCCGGUUACUCGAAGCGAUACGUAUCUAUAUCAAUGAAAUGAGGAUCAGGAAGCUAUGGAGGAAGGACCUUCAUUAUCAUCCUUAUUCCACACCUCUACCACCACCAGAUCGUGUCUCAUCAACGCAUCAAGCACCAAAUGAUGAUCUUUCUUUGGAUAUUGUUACUAUUAGAAGAGCAUCCUUUGAUUCACAAGAACCACUUGACCACUACCGUAUUAGCCCACCAUUUGUUGAUGAUACCAAAAAGUUAACUCCCCAUUCUUGUCUUUCUCGUAAUGGAAUGCUCUAUCUACAGAAAAAUCAACGCUCCUUUGACCCACCACCUCUGAUGAGGAGUACAAUCAACGCCUCCAUUUGCUCUGAUCAGAAUCCAGAAAUCUUUGAAGAAAAAAGAACCAGGGAAGAAAAGAGGUCCAUUACUCCGAUUCAUCAGAGCUGUAACGUUGUUGUGUUUUUUGUUCCUGUACCGACUACUCCUACGGAUAAUGACAGGCGCAGAAGCAGCAGCAGCAGCAGCACUCAUAGCGCAGUCAUGUCAGCUGAAAGUUCAGUUUCCUCGUCCUUACCUAGUCAUGGAAGCUGGUGCGAGGAAGACAAAGUGUUUCCCUUGAAGAAAAGAAGAAUUAGCUUGGAAAGAUUCAUAAGCACCCAAGAAUCUAGUACAGUGGACAAACAGAAGCAAAACAGGAAGAUUGCUGAAAUGUGGGCUAGCUCGGUAAAUGAUCAGACUAUCUAUGGAAAAUCCAAACAUCAGGGUGAGGUUGAAAUCAACAGUGAUCAAGCAAUGGAGGAGAUCGAUUUGAUGAUGAGGUGCAGUAAGGUAAACGGGGCAAGAUGGAGAUGUAGCACACGGAAACUUGAAGGGCAUUCUCUAUGUAAGCACCACUUGAAUUUGCAAAGGAUGUACGACAGCCGUCGAUUUGGUGGCAGCUACAGACUAAGCAAUGCAUCCAAUGCUGCCAAAGAUUUUAGAGGUAGCAAGAAGAGGAAGAAGGUGAUGAUAAGCAGUAUCCUUGACCGGACAGUGCCUUUGCUUGCUACUGGAGACAAUUAA